CUUCCUUCUCUCGCUCUCAUCCGUCCGCCGCGGCGCUUUACGUAAGCUCGACACGCGUGUGCGAGCAACAGCCCCCUCCGAAUCGUGUACUCUCCGCGGGCCGCGGUCCCCACUUUCGAUUGCACGCACAUACGCGGCCCAGGUGUGCAUUUCGCGGCCGCCCCUGCGCGCGGGCGCCGAUUCCUUUAUAAACACAAAGCCAGCCCGCUGCUAAGUCAGAAUCGCAUCGGCCUCCGACAAAGCAAGUCGCACCUCCCGACUCCGAAAAGCGCAUUUACCGCAACCAUGUACUCUCAUGCCUUCGCUCUCCUCGUGUGCGGAAUCCUCGCCGCAGUGACGGCCGCCCCGACGCCCGGAGGACACCACCACGAACACCACAUCAUUCACGUUCCGUACCACGUGCAUACGGUACACCACCACCACGUGAAGAAGGUCCACGUCCCGGUCCAUCACGUCGAGAAGGUUCACGUGCCCGUACCUGUGCACCACGUCGAGAAGGUUCACGUGCCGGUGCCCUACCCAGUCGUCGAGAAGGUCCACGUGCCCGUCCACAUCCCCGUCCAUCAUGAGAAGCCCCAUCACGAAGGCUGGGGCUGGGAUUAGUGAGAGUACCCCCCUGUUUUAAGUGUAUUAUUAUUGUUGAUAUUGUCAAGUAGAUGCAGCAGCCCCGCGUUAACGCUCGACUAAGUGUUAAAAUUCUGGAUUUUCAACGAUUAUUUUACUGCACGCUUGAGCCGUGCAAUAAAAUACCUGACAGAAAGUCAAACUUACAGUACAAGGCGAUUUCGACCGCCCAUUAGUAUUAUAAGUUUUUAGACUAUCGUCAAUUAAGACUACACACGUACACAUACUCAAUAAUUACGUACCCCUUCAAAACAAGACCAUAAAAUAUACUUGAUCUUUUGUACAUACAUACAUACAUACAUACAUACAUACAUGCAUACAUACUUUACACACCGUAAAUGCAUUAUAUACUAUAUGCUUAAUUUUUUAUGUGAACUUUUUUUUGUAUAUGCAUUUGUACCAAAAUGUAUUUAAAAAUACAAUAUUUUUUUUAAUUAUAUGCU